AUGAUCACUCGGGCGCUUUCACCGGAGCUGAAAUCCGAUCGGGUAUCUGCGGAUCUUUCGUCUGGGGCUCUGGGAGAAGCUGAGUCGUUGAUCGGCGGAGACGAGAAAUCUGGCGGUGAAAGGGAGGUGUUCGGCGAUUUUAGCGACAGUGACGAUGAUUGGGAGGGCGUUGAGAGUACAGAGCUGGAUGAGUUGUUCAAUGCUGCCACUUCAUUCAUUGCUGCCACGGCUGCUGAUCGGGCGACGGUGAAAGUGCAAACAUGGCAGAAACUGGGUGCCAUGCCUCCUGGAGAAGCAAUGGAGAAGUACAGUGAUAUUAUGACUGAUUUAUAUUCUACUGGGCUGCUGGUGCUGCCACUAAGAAAAAAGAUGAAGGGAGAAGUGACAAAUUCAGGCUCCCACGGGCCGAUGGGACCUGUUUUUAGUAGCUUCAUAUAUGAGGAGGAAUCUGGAUCUGAACUGUAA